AUGUACCCCUGCUGUGUCGGUCACGAGAUUGUAGGCACAGCCGUCCGUGUCGGAUCUCAGGUCAAGGGAAUUGCCAUUGGUGACCGUGUCGGCGUCGGCGCUCAGAGUGACUCGUGUCAGGGCCGCCAAGGCGAUUGCGAAGAGUGCGCGAUGGGCUCGGAGCAAUACUGCUCUAAGAAGUUCACUGGAACCUACAACAGCACCCACCAGAAUGGUGACAAGUCCUACGGUGGAUAUGGAUUGUACAACCGCGUUCCCGGCCACUUUGCCAUCAAGAUUCCCGAUACCAUUUCCUCUGCCGAGGCCGCUCCGAUGCUGUGCGGCGGCGUUACUCUGUACAGCCCAUUGAAGCACAAUGGCUGUGGACCCGGAAAGCGUGUCGGUAUCAUUGGCGUUGGUGGACUGGGACACUUUGGUGUGCUGUUUGCGAAGGCCAUGGGUGCCGACAAGGUCGUUGCCAUCUCUCGCCGAGCCAACAAGAGCGAGGACUCGCUGAAGAUGGGCGCGGACCUUUACAUUGCUACUGAGGAUGAGCCUGACUGGGCUACUGUGCACGCCCGCUCUCUAGACUUGAUUGUGUCGACUGUGUCGUCUACUAAGAUGCCGAUGACCGAGUACCUGGGACUGCUCCGCACCAACGGAAGCCUGGUUCAGGUCGGUCUGCCUGACGACGGCACUCUGUAUGCUCCUAUCCGCCCCCUGAUGCGCCGCCUCAAGGUGGAGAGUUCCCUGGUCGGUAGCCCGGACGAAAUCCGUGAGAUGUUCCAGUUGGUGGCCGACAAGGGUGUUCACCCGUGGAUCGAGGAGAUCCCCAUGAAGGACGCUAACCGGGCCAUUGUGGACAUGGAGGCUGGCAAGGCGCGCUACCGCUAUGUGCUGGCAAACGAGUAA